CCGAUGGCAGUACAGCAGGAGAGACAUGACCUGGCAGACAUUUUACUAUGCACGAUGCGUGCAGUCAUCUAGAACAGCACUAUGAGAGACCUUCAUUCCAGGUCAGUACCGCACCUGCAGAUCGAUCUGAACCAUAACAUGAAGACGCUUGCAGCAGCCAUCAAGGUCGCGGACUCCCAGCUGAAACAGAUGGACGCCCGCAUUGCUACUCUGAAGGCAAGGCCUUCCCAAGCAGCGCCAGACUGCACACUAGACACGACGACGCAGCUCGGCGAGCGCAUCGGCCAAAGUGACUUCACCAGUCCGGCUACGAUCAGCAGCACGGUGGCCGCCAUCAAGACGGACAUCACCAAGCUGCAGUCGCAACCGGCACUAGCUGCGAAGGUAUACAAGAUGCCACGCUUCAACAUCGGCAAGUUCGAGGACUACAACAAGAGCGACGCUUUGACAUGGUGGCAAGCCUUCCUCACCGAAGCGUCCUGCCACGAGGUACCAGACGAAGACAUGAUGAAGGCACUAUACCUCCAACUCAUUGGAGGUGCGCAAGCAUGGAUGAACCACCUCGCGGUUAACAAGGGAACCACUAUCGCCGAGCUACACGAACACCUCAUGUGGGAAGAUUUUGAGCAGCUGUGGUUCACUCGCUUCAUGGUCCGCAACGUCGUGAAGGCGACCAUGAACGAGGUCUACACUUGCUCACAGGGAAGCAUGCCAACUCGAGACAGGACGAUCAAGUGGCAGAAGAUAGUAACCACGCCAGGUUUCGAGUUGAGAUUCACAAACCAACGAUUCGAGUUCUUCUCGCGAUCGUGCGCAGGACUGCGGUUGGCACUCGGCAACGAGUACGACUAUACCUCAUUCCAAGCUAUUCUGGAUCGUGCGAACCUCGUCAUCCAAACGGACGACAAGGCCGCUAUCGAGAAGCAGUCCCAUCCAAACGACCGACACAUAACAAUACCGUGAUUUCUGAAGAAACAGUCGAUCUCCACGCUGCAGCAGCAUCCUCGAGUGAUGGAGGAACUGUCGCAGCGCUCCCGCC